AUGGAAGGUGCACCAAAGAAGCUGCAGUACUGGAGGCUUUAUCUGUUGUCGAUGGUGCUGGGAAUCGGUGGAUCAUUUCAAUAUGGGAUUCAAGUUUCUGCCAUCGCUUCUCCAGCAGUGCACGUUCAAAGUUUUGUGAACUACACAUGGAUAUUGAGGUAUGGAGCUCCAGUGCAGGAGUCCACCAAUCAGCUCAUCUGGUCCUUCAUUGUGGCUGUGUUGAGUCUUGGAGCCUGGAUAGGAGCUAUUCACAGCGGGAGCCUUCCUGUCAAACAUGGCCGGAAAAAAGCUCUCUUGAUCAACAAUGUUGUGGCAAUGGUGGCUGCUGUGCUCAUGCUCUUCAGUCGCAUGGCCAAGUCUUUUGAGAUGAUUUUACUGGGGAGGUUUCUCUAUGGAUAUAAUAUUGGUCUCGGCCUGAGUGUUCACCUCAUGUACCUCGGGGAGAGUUCUCCAAAGAAGCUCAGGGGUUUCAUGACCCUCACCGGUUCAAUCUUCAUCGGUUUCGGGAAAAUUAUGGGACAAAUAAUUGGCAUCAAAGAGAUGAUGGGCACGGAUGAAAUGUGGCCAUAUCUCUUGGCUGUUAGUGGCAUCCCUGCCAUCCUGCAGUUUGUGACAUUGCUUUUCUUUCCUGAGGCCCCUCGGUACCUUUACAUUGACAAAGGAGACAUUGAAGGCAGCAAAAAAGCUUUGCAGUGGCUAUGGCAGGAGGAUGACUUAAAGCUGGAGCUGGAAGACAUGCAGAAAGAAAGAGAGAAUGCACAGGGAGAGAAGGCCAAGACUGUGAAGGAUGUACUCACCUCUCGUUGUGUGAGAUGGCAGCUGCUGACUCUGGCCAUCCCCUGUGCGGGUGUGCAGUUCUGUGGCAUCAAUGCUCUGUAUUUCUACGCUUUUGACAUCUUCAAAGAGUCAGGUGUGCCAGAGAGCCAGAUGCAUUACUUGGCCAUUGGUCUGGGAGCAACAGAGCUCAUCACCAUAUCCCUGUGUUCUUUUCUGAUCGACCGUGCCGGCAGGAAGAGGCUGAUGGGCUAUGGCUAUCUCCUGAUGGGUGUCACCAUGUCUGUGCUCACCGUCACGCUCUCCAUCAAGGAUCUGAAUCCAUCGAUCCCAUACGUGAACAUCGGCCUGAUUUUUUGUGUCAUCUGUAUUUAUGGACUUGGACCUUCUGGAGUGUCUAUGUCUCUUCCUGCUGACCUCUUCCUACAAGCAUGGCGUCCUUCUGCGUAUGUUAUCAGUGGGACUGUCAACUGGCUCGGCAUGUUCUGUGUGGGGAUGUUCUUCAGCUACAUAGUGGAUGGACUCGGGCAGUUCUGCUUCCUGAUUUUCGUGGUUUAUUCCAUUUUCAGUGCAGCAUUUAUGAUUUAUUUUGUACCGGAGACCAAAGGAAAGACAAUGAUGGAGAUUAUGGAGGACUUCAACAAACUGAAUUACAAGAAUAGGGCAGCAGACAUUGAAAAGACUGAUAUUACUCUUGCAACUAAACUUUAA